AUGGCAACAUUGGAUUCUUACAGAUCUAUCUGUGAUCGAUUUAACGUAGGAAGAGCUACAGGUUUGAGAGCCGUUAGAAGGGUAACAAGAGCACUAUUUAACAUAGCUCACGAAUUUAUAUCUUGGCCAUCAGGCGAACAAGCGCAAACAGUUAUAAAUAAAUUCAAAGAAAACAGUAGAUUUCCAAACACAAUUGGUGCUAUAGACGGUACGCACAUAAAAAUAGAAGGACCUAAAGAAAACGCAGCAGACUAUAUAAAUCGAAAAGGAUAUCACUCUAUUCAACUUCAGGUUGUGUGUGACUAUAGAGCAUUUAUAACUCAUUGUUAUGUGGGUCACCCCGGUUCUGUGCACGACCAAAGAGUAUUUCGACAGUCAGAAGUGGCAACAUAUCUGAACGAUGAAGCAAAAUUUCCAUUUGAUAGUCACAUAGUAGGAGAUUGUGCUUAUGCAUUACACGAACGUUUACUAGUACCAUUCAAAGAUAACGGGCACUUAAGUGCUGCACAGGAAUAUUAUAAUUUUUGUCUAUCUUCUGCGCGAAUAGUAGUUGAAAGAUGUUUUGGUUUAUUAAAAGGACGAUUGAGAAGUUUAAUGUACUGCUUGCCUAUGACUAGAGUUGAUCUUAUGGCUGAAUUUGUGGUAGCAUGCUGCGUUAUUCAUAAUAUUUGUAUACUAAAUAGAGAUGAACUCAUGAUAAUACCAUUAACAUCAGGUACAGAUGCUCCAAUGCAAGAUCGUUAUAUUAAUCAAAGGCAAGCAGAAGGUGGCAAUAAUGGAAUAUAUAAAAGAAACAUGAUUGUGAAUAUGUUACAAAGAGAACGUAAUUAA